CCCAACAAACUAACAGGGAAUCAAUCAGCAAGCCAGGCAGCAUCGGGGUAGAUGACAGUAGUUUCUAUCAUUCAUUCGCUGAGUAGUAUUUUAGGGUGUUUUUUUUCUCCGAUCCUUUUUUCACAGAUUUCAGCGUGCCAAGUAAAGGAAAAAGCAAAACAUGGCUGGUUUAAUGGCAGGUUUUCAUUACACCCAUGCUAUCGUCCGGGGAGUCCCCGCGUCCCUGGCUAAAGGAGCGCUCCGGAUGAGCCAGGCGGAGGUGGACCUGGCCGGGGCUCGGAGGGAGCACGAGGCUUACGUCGAGGUCCUGAAGACGAAGGUCGGGCUGGAGGUGGUCGAGCUCCCCGCGGACGAGUCUUUCCCGGACUGCGUGUUCGUGGAGGACGCGGCGGUGGUGUGUGGUGACACGGCGCUCAUCACCAGACAAGGAGCAGAGAGCAGGAGGGGAGAGAAGGAGACAAUGACACGGGCUCUGAAGGAGUUGAAUAUGAAAAUUGUGGAAAUGACAGAUGAAACUGCCACUCUGGAUGGAGGAGACGUCCUUUUUACAGGUCGAGAGUUCUUCGUGGGCCUUUCCAAAAGGACCAAUCAAAGAGGAGCAGAGAUCCUAGCAGAUGCCUUUAAGGACUAUGCUGUGUCUACUGUGCCUGUGCUAGAAGGUCUGCACCUGAAGAGCUUCUGCAGCAUGGGGGGACCAGGCCUCAUUGUCAUCGGGUCCAGUGAACCAGCUCAAAAAGCCCUCAAAAUCAUGCAACAAAUGAGCGACCAUCGCUAUGACAAACUGACGGUGCCGGAUGACCUCGCUGCCAACACCGUCUACAUGAACCUGCCCAAUAAGGGACAUGUGCUUCUGCACUGUACAUCAGAGGAGUAUCCAGAAAGUGCAAAGAUGUUCGACAAGUUGAAGGACUACAUGCUAAUCCCUGUGUCCAACAUGGAGAAGUGCAAAGUGGAUGGAGCCCUCACAUGCUGCUCUGUGCUCAUCAACAAGAAGGCCAAUAACUGAGCGCGCUCACUAGGGGGUUUCUCCUAGUGAGAGUGCAUGCUACCCAAGCAUAGCCUGUACCCAAUCACAAAGGAUCCCAAGGUUUAGUGAAAGUCUUAAAAAUGAAUAGUUGAUUUGACACAAAACAGUAUUAGUUUCAGGUAAUCUAUGUCUCCUGAAGAACAGUAGAACAAUUGAGACUUUAUUGAUUUCAGUAUUAGGACAUAUUGUAGUUGUUUUCUUUCACUUUAAUAUUUUCUGUUUUUAUUUCUUAUUCUUCAAAUACAAUUCUUGAAAACCCCUUUGGAGAAAUUAGCUUUUGAUGCGAACACAGUGUUAUGAUUGUUUUGGGGUUUUUUGGUGAUUUACUAUGAUUUUGUGAUUGGUAUUGAAGGUGCUGCCAUUGAGACCUGAGGUACUUUUACCUUUCAUAACUACUGAUCUACUAUCUACUAUCCAUUAUACGUUACUGAAGACAGUUUUUGAAUGAUGCUGAAUAAUUACCACCAGCUUUAAAAGCUAAAAUUAACCUGUUAAUCGAGGCUAGAGUGAUAUAAUUUGUGGAAAUUUGCAUCCCUCCAGGUUAGCAUUUAUUUAGAUUCAUGUGGGGAUGCAAAUUUGAUAAAAAACAAAGUGGAAACGACUGAUUAAUAAUCUGUGCCAACUCCGAAGAGGAUAGAUAAAAGUUAUGUGUGGAAAAUGUAUGUUUUCAUAAUUCCACCACUGUUCCUUUAAUGCACAAUGCCUCUACAGAAAACCAAUGACCUUACUACUGCUUUAUGAUUUUUGAAGGCUCUGUAAUUUUCCUCACACCACUGGUUCUGCCUGUGCUGUGUAUUACACUGGAAUCCCCCCCCCACCCCCCAUCUGGCAGUUUCUACUCCAAAACUGUCAAAGAGCAUGCUGUGAAAAUGAUAUUUGUUCCACUAAAUCCAGUAGCACCAAAUGUGACUGCAGUGAGAGUUUGCACAGUGUGGAGAACAAGCUAACUUGCCUCGUUUGGCGUAUGUUUCCAUGUGUCUUCACAAUGUUAGCUGCCAGCAGGAGUUUUAAGGUUGUUGAUGAGCUCUGUUUUAGUGGCCUUAUCACUGUUGUUGCUUGGCCCGUAAAUGUGAAAUGCAUAAGCAUGUGUACUGUACACGUUAAAGCCCAUCACGUCUGAAAACGUGUUAUUUCUCAAUGUGAUUGUAAGUGAAAGUUGAGGAAAUGACAUCAGGAGGUGAUUCAACCUCCCUCAAUAGACUUUUGCUUAUGGGCAAGCGGGCAGUGAUGAAACAUGGAAAGAAUUCCUGUUGGGAGGAGAGGCUUGUACGCUAGUAAACACUGACUCUUAAACUUUCUCUGUCUUUCUCUCUACUGUCUCACUUGCUUUCUCCCACCCUUCGCUAUUGCCUCAUAGACAAUUCUGGGCUAAUUUAUGGUCAUGAUAUCAUACAGUCUGGCUAACACUGUGGAUGUGAUGGCCUGUCGUUAAAGUGUGACACUAGUAGUAUAUUUUACAGGAGGCGGCUGGCUGGAUGCAGGGUGAUCGCAUAGUUGCAGAACAUCCAGUUCUCAUUCUCACGCAGUUGCUGCAGAAAUUUGAGCCAGGCAAGACUAUUCAUUCUCUGUCUGGUCAGUGUGUCAACUUUUGGGUUUUAGGGAAGCAUAGUCCUUUUACCUAAACGUGACAUCCGUUGUUUUGAAUGUAGUUCUAUGAAUCACCCUUUGGUUGAACAGCUCUGAAAAUACAAUCUUUCCCCACUGUCCAUUCUUUGUUGAGGGCUUCCACUAAUCCUUUUACUAAUCUGCUCAAUCAUUCCAGUAGUCAUGAUGUUGUGAUUGCCCAUGGUCCAACUCAGGUCUCUUGGUUUUCAUACAAGUUGUGAGUAAUACUUAUUUUAGUUGUCUGACAAAAGAGCCUUUGCGUCUAAUAUGUGUAAUAAAGUAACACAUCUAGCA